UAAGAUUCAUAGUUCAAUAAACAUUUCCUUUGCCAUAUCUUCGGUUGUCCAUGUCAAACGAAUAGAAAAGUCACGAGACGGCUGGAGGAAUCUGUGUUGUUUUUCUUGUCUUUCGUAUUUUCUAUUUCAAUACUAUUGCGUCUGAUCAACCGAUAUGUAAUAACGCGUAUCAACUCUACAAUCAAAUGUCAUUAGUUCGAAAUUGUGGUGUGAUUAAAACGAGUGUUUAACGCGUUAGUAUUUAUUUGGAUGCAUGCAAUAUGCCUGUGACACUAGUAGACAGGUUGCCCUUGCCGAACCUCAAGGUUUAUACAGCGGGAAGUGUUCUGUUGCUGUCGGUGGCUGUGUAUCAUGCGUUGAGUGUGACUAGUGACCCGAACUGGCGCGCCAACGCGACGCUGCAGCGGCACGAAGCCAUGGAUGCCGAGGGCGACGGUGAAGCGCUGAGUAUGGUGCAGCCUCCGGUGGUGCCUUCGCUGGAGGCCUCCAAUGCCACCAGGAACAUCAGCGAGCAGUUCGUGGAGGUGAUGACGUUCAUGAUGCAGGAGCCACUGUGUAUGUGGACCGUGAUCAACAUCGCGUACUGCGCGCUGGCGCUGUUCGGGCUGGCGCUGCAGCGCGCCGUGUUCGGGCGGCUGCGCGUGGGCGAGGCGCAGCGGCUCAAGGACAAGCUGUGGAACUUCGUGUUCUACAAGUUCAUCUUCGUGUUCGGCGUCGUCAACGUGCAGUACAUGGACGAGGUGCUGCUGUGGUGCGCCUGGUUCACGGCCGUCGGCUUCCUGCACCUGCUGGGACAGCUCUGCAAGGACAGGUUCGACUAUCUGUCGUCAUCGCCCAACACGGGCAAGUGGGCGCACGCGCGGCUGCUGGCGCUGCUGGGCGGCAUCCACGUGGCGUGCGGCGCGCUGCUGGCGGCCGCCGCGGCCUGGGGGCUGCCCGCCGGCCGCGAUACCUUCGCCUUCAUGUGCGCGGAGUGCUUGCUGGUGCUGACGAGCGCGCUGCACGUGGUGGCGCGGUACGCGCUGCAGGCCGCCGGCGCCGACGCGGCCGGCCCGCUCGCCUACUACACGCACCUCGUCUUCGACGCGACGUCGCUGGUGGUGGAGCUGGCGCACGUGGCGCACAUGGUGGUGUACAGCAACAUGCUGGUGUCGCUGGCGUCGCUGGUGCUGCUGCUGCAGCUGCGGCACCUGCUGCACGAGCUGCAGGCGCGCGUGCGCCGCCACCGCCUCUACGCCGCGCUGGCGCACCACAUGCACGCCAACUACCCAAUGGCGAGCAAGGAAGAAGUGGAGAAGAACCAGGACAACUGCGCCAUCUGCUGGGAGCCCAUGAAGGAGGCGCGUAAGCUGCCCUGCUCGCAUCUCUUCCACAACUCGUGCCUGUGCCAGUGGGUGCAGCAGGACGCGUCGUGCCCGACGUGCCGGCGCGCGCUGGCGGCCGGCGGGCCCGCCCCGCCCGCGCCCGCGCCGCCGCCCGCCCCGCUGCCGCCCCGCCCGCCCCGCGCGCCGCUACACCCCAACCACUUGUUCCACUUUGACGGCUCGCGCUACGUGUCGUGGCUGCCGUCGUUCUCGGUGGAGGUGACGCGCGUGCGCAUGGAGCCGCCCGGCGCCUCGCAGCUUGACGCCAUGGUCCGCCAGGUGCAGGCCAUGUUCCCGCAGUACCCCGCCGGCGUGCUGGCGGCCGAGCUGGCGGCCACGCGCUCGCCCGCGCUCACCGUCGACAACAUCCUGGCCGGCCGCCUGCCGCCGCCGCCCGCCCCGCCCGCCGCCGCCGCGCCCGCGCCGCUCGCAGAAGUAAUGGAGAGUUCUUCGUCGGCUGCUGAACCUAUUCCCGACGCGCUGGCGGGCGCCGCAUUCGACGCGUCCGACGACUUGGCGCCAGCGGGCCCGGUGAGCGCGCGCUUCCCGCGCGACGCGGCCGAGCGCGAGGCGGCGCUGCGCCAGCGCAAGGAGCGCCUGCUGGCCGCCGCGCGCCACAGGUACCUGUCGGCGCGCGCACCGCGGCCCAGCUGAGAGGCGCGCGGCGCCGCCGCCGCCACGCGGCAGCACUUCAAGCGCCUGCUGCUCACGCACACGCGCAACAACCGCUGAGCGGCGCCCCACCCCUCCCGUUCCCUCCACCCACCCCCGCUGGCCCGCUGUAUCCUUUACACUUCGGUGUAGGAUCUGUGCACUCCAUUAUCCAUAAGGCGGGUUUUAGAAUCGCACUGACAGCUCGCUUUGAAGGGAACGUUCUUGAGUGACGCCGAUCGCUCGGCGCCGACGCUUCAUACAUUUCGGCUGUCAGCGCUGACGGUCAGCGUGCGUCAGCGU